UGAAAGGGAGGCCUUGCAGGCAGCUGAUCAAGAUAACAGUAAAGAUAAAGACGCAUCGACAACGGAUGAAACAGAGGAUCCAUGGGAUCCUCCAUAUGAUCCUUGCCCUCCUUGUGAAACCUGGGAAGAGUCAGAAGAGUGGUUCCAUAAAACUACUGCUUUAAUUGCUAACUCCAGGGCAACCAAUAUAAUUACCCCAGACCGUACACCACAGGUUUUUGCUAUAUUCUUCUACAUAGUCCAGUCGACACAUUAUGUUUGUUAUUUUUGCUUCAAUCAUGCUAUCUGCUGAAAGUUUUUAGUUUUUUUUUCUUAAAUUGCAUCUUGGCAUGAGUUCGUUGUUAUUUCUUUGCCUUCAACCCUUUGCAAUUGUGCGUGUUUUAAUACAGCGGGUGACUGAUGCUUUAUGGCACAAAGUUCCGGACCUAGUUUCCAUCCUCGAAAAGGAUAAUGUCCCCGGCUUCCUCCAACUUUUUAAUAAUAACAGGGGAUGCAUGGCAUGGGGUUUUGUCAUCACCCCAGAAACCUUCAAUUACAUUGUCAGUGAAAAUGCACUGCGAUGUGCCAAAGUUGCGUUGGAGGGAAAGGCACCUGAACUCAGUGGACACCGUGCCAAUCCCAACUACAUGAAUCCAUAUGGAUACUUCCCGCUUCACGAAGCUGCUGAAAAGUUCUCUGUUGAUAUGAUCAACUUGCUGUUCAACUAUGGUGCAUCAGCUAAUGUUCGCACAGCCGGUGAUAAGAUCAUUGAGAAUCUACUCCCACUCCAUGUUGCGGUUGAGAAUACUUGCCUCCACAAGUAUCUGGAGGACAGUUUAUUGCCUUUCCAGGAUUAUCCGGAUCGUCGAGACUAUGUCUACAAGCUCAUCCAACUCCUGUGCCUACCUGAAAUGAAAAUUUUCUUGGAUACGACUAGAUUGCUCGCGAAAAAGACGGAUAAUCUACUUGACGAGCUCUGGAACUAUGUGAAGGAUGGCAAGCUUGUCCAGACUGCAGUUUUACUCCUGGCAGGUCAAGAGCAGAUCCGUCAGGUUGGUUCGUCCAAGAAGAGAAAAGGCUUUUCUGAGCCAGAUGGGUUUGACACUAUCAUGACUUGUUUGAUGAAGUGUUCAGUUGCCCUAAAAGAAAAAAGAAGGGAUCAGAAUGAGCUGGAGGCGAGUUUAACUCUUGAGUGCAUUGCUUUGCUUGUUAAUAUAAUUUCCAAAGCUGGUGAAGAUCUUGAUGCAUACAUUCAAACACAUUCAGAGAUCAUGCAGGUGCCCUAUGUGGAGGUCCUUGAACGGGUGUCUUCUAUUCUUAAGGACCGUGGAUUUUUCCCUACCGGAGAAGGAAUCGACGUUGGAAACCUGUAGUACUCAUUUUUCAUUGCUUUGAUAUAACAAUUCGUUUGCAAAUAUACAAUUGUACUGUUGAUUAUUUAUUUAUUUCAUCCAUUUCUUUUUGAAGCUGUCCUUUUGAUUGUAAAAUGUUCUCUGACCCUGGAUCACGUGGUGAGUGUUUGGGCUUGAAUUAUUCUUUCCAUACUUUGCAAAAUGGACCCUAAUGAUUUUGUUACACGGAGAACAGAGCAUCUGGAUGCAACCAGGGUUGAUACGGAAACAGCUUAUCCACAUGCUUCAUUGGGAAAGGUAAAAAUAUUCAAAUUCUCGAGCAUCCUUUUUUUUGUUGGCAAAUUGCAUCUUUUUCCGUACUUUUGCAUGUUUGAAAAUAUCUGAUAGAUGGAGCUAGGAUAUUCUUUUUAAUGUAGGGUUGAUAAGUUUAAUGCACAUGAACAAAUAAAAAAGUAGUACUGUAAUUAGAUAUAUACAUGAAAUUUUCGAGCUUAAUACUCUAUAUUCUUCAGAGGGCUUUGAUGGUUAUCUAGAAUUCAAAUGGUCACUUGGAAUUCCUAUUAUCUGCGUACAGUCUCUUGUUAUGAUAUAGGAUGGAAAAAGUCUAUUACGGUCCUCUUAACUAUUGCCACGGUUUAGUGUUUCGUCCUCAAAUUUCAAAUCUGGUAGAAAGUCCAUCAUUUCUAAAUACUGGUGCAUUAUUAGUCCUCGAUCUGGUUUUGCUGGAGGUACCAGAUGACACAAUCAUGUCAUCUAGUGGUCACAUCAUUGUCUAUGUUACCUCGAUUAUCUAUC